CCCAUUCGUAAACGUUGCAGCGAUCAAAAGUGCAUUGGUGCUCCGGCUUUCCGUAUGCUGCCCGGCAUCGACAAUUGGUGCGAGAUCAAUUGCUUGCGCUAUCCGCCCAACUGCCCGGAGACUGCCUGUCACUGUCCGCAAGAGUGCGUGGCCAUUGGCGAGCUGGAGGGACGUGAAGGCGCCGAUACCUACUGCAUGGACGAGUGCCUCAAUUACAAAUCGGAAUGCCCGCGCGAUAGGUGUCGCUGUUUCUAGAGAGAGAGAGAGAGAGAGAGAGAGGGAGAUACACACACACACACACACACAGAAACAGAGACAGAUAGAGAGUGCGAGAGCGAGAGCGAGGUAUACCAAUUAGCUGUGCUGCUGCCCCAUUGCCAGAUGAAGACAAAGUUUUGACGAAAUGUAAUUGAAAUUUAUAGCUCCAUUUGAAUGCGAAUAUAUAUCUAGAUGUACAUCCCGAUAUAUAUAGACAUA